CAACAGCACCAUCAGCAAUUACAACAACUUCAUUUGCAACACCAACAUCUGCAACAUCAAUACAUGAAACAAAUGUAUCAGCUCCAGCAAAAUUUCAUCAGACCAACAGCAUCAAUGAUGAUGAUGAUGGCUCAACAAAGAGAUGGUAAACUUCCUCUUCCUACAACUGCACAACAACAACAACAACAUCAACACCUUUUGUUGAAACACCAACAACAGCAGCAACAUCAACUGUUGCUGAAACAGCAACAACAGUUGCAUCAACAAUAUCAGAUGAAGUUUCAGCAUUUGGCCAUGUUGCAGCAACAAAUUUUUACAAAACUUCAGCACAUUCAACAACAGCAGCAACAACAGCAACAUCAACGACAUCAACGACAACAACAACAGCAGUUUCCAUUACACCUUCAGCAGAACUUCCAGCAACAACAAAUGAUUCUUAUGAAGAUGCAGAAUCACCAACAGCUUCAGCAACCUCAGUACCUGCCCCACCACAGCCAGCACCAACCACAACAACAUCAUCACUACUUGCAGCAACAGCAAAAACAACUUCAAAAUGUGGACCCCAGCUAUUAUGAUGGACUGAUGGAGAAGAAGGAGAAAGAAUGGAUAAUUAAGAUUCAGCUGUUGCAGCUUCACAGCGAAAACCCAUUUGUGGAUGAUUACUAUUACACUUGUUGGUCAAUGAAGAAGAUAAUGAGAGAGAACAGACAGUUCAAGAGAGAGAAUUUGAAGAGUAUGAUGAAACCCAGCACCAACCUAUCCCUAGACGACGAAGACGGUGCUGAUGAUGAUGAUGAUGAUAACGUGGCUGUUAGUAAUGAUAACGAAGAUGAUCGCCAUGUUGGGAGCGAGGACGACGACGACGAUGAUGAUGAUGCGAAAGUUGAAAAGUUACUUGUGCCUAAUAACGAAAUUAGUGAAUCUAACAAGCCUUAUAAACCGACUCAGUACGAAGGCUCGUUAGGGAAGUUGACAGUUUCGAGCAUCAACAAACCGAGACAGGUUCUCGAGGUUCACCUGACGCCGACCAGUGAUGAACUGAAGAAACAGGAUAACAAGAAGUUUAAGGAGACGUUGGCCAAGAUUGAAAAGGGUUUUGAUGUUCUGCUGCUCGUCGAUGAGUUAGAGAAGAAAGCCACGAAGCAAUCACUCAACGAAAGCAACAAAAAUGACAUCAUCCACAACGACAACAAACCACAAUUUGAUGUCGAUGGUCCGAGCAACAACGUCUGUGAGCACAGCUGCAGUAAUCUUGUGAUGGUCCAGGAAAUAGUGGCUAAGUUGCUGGAGAAGGCUUCUACUAUAUCAAAGAAGGAUUGGUUCUCUGAGAUGUCACUGAAGUUGUAUCAUUGCCUGGAAAAUGUGAUAACUUUACCGUCGUGCAGCGACGUAUCGACAUUAGUUAGAUACUCGACUGUCCUCUGUAGGAAUUUACGCGAUGAUGGUCUAACUAAUCACCUGGCAGUGUUAUUAGGAUGUAAAUUUGCAGUCUCGGUAAUAAUCUGCUUGAUCUCAUCCAUGGAACGUCAGCUCAGCAGUGACGAAAAAUUAUCUGAAAACGAUCAGAUAAACAUCAACAACAACAACAACAAACCCGACCUGAAACAAUGGGAGCAAUUCAUCAAGGCCAUAUACGACUGCAUUCUCGGCACUCCCAACUUGUCCAUAGAAAAACCUCACAAAUCUCAACUGAAGUGCUGCCAACAGUUCCAAAAUUGCUCCAACGUCACAUCACCGCACCAUCACAACAACAACAAUCUUCUAGACCAGCAGCAAAUCAGUAACAACACCCAGCAACAACAACAACAUCCUCACAAUGACGUCAUCGAAUAUCAGCGGACCCCAAACAACCUUUCGUCGACUUUGAAGCAGCAUUUCUCGAGAUUCAUCAUUGACGACGAAAAAAACGUCGAUUUCGUCUGUCAAAAGUUCACCUUUAAACGUAAAAAUAACAAAAAUCAUAAAACCAUCAAGAGUUGUAACAACAAUAAUAAUAACAAUAAUAAUAAUAAUAACAUUAACUGUAACAUUAGUAAUAAUAAUAAUAUGGUUGCGGUAGUUGAGAGUGAUAACAAUGGUUCUAUAACUCGAGUUGAUUAAAACCAUUAUUAUUAUUAUUAUUUAUUUAUUACUUUUAUUAUUAUUAUUAUUCUUAGUAGUAGUAGUAUUACCACUACCUGUGCAUAAAACCCUUGUAUACUUAAGAAAUGAUUUAAUUGAAAUGGAUUUCGUUUUCAAUGUUUUAAAUUAUAUUAUAUUAAUAUGGAUUAUUUUAAGAUCAAUGUUUUUGAUUGGCCCUUAGUUUUAUUCAUUCAUUCAUUCAUUCUUUCUUUCAAUGUUUCGUUCGUUCAUUUCAAUCUUUCAUCUAUAAGACUUCAUUCAUUCAAUCGUUUACUCAAUCAAUCAUUCUUGUAAGUUAUUUAUUCAUUUGUUGUUUGGUUCAUUCAAUAAGUUCUUUCAUUGGCUUG